AUGAAGCCAUUAAGAUUCACCCACCACAAAACCUGCACGAAUAUAGCCAUCUUAGAUGAAGCCAUAGAUUUCACCACCACAAACCUCCAAUUACUAUUACCUCAAUUAAGUUCUGACCUCGCAAAUGAAGUUAGCCAUGCCCUCAAUCGACCCAUCCGCAAAUGUUUGCCAAGGUUAGAGGCAAGGCAUUAUAUUGAAGUCUAUGAACGGGAGAAAUCACACAAUAGUACAUUACUAAAGUUUGCGAAGUUAGAUUUCAACAGGUUACAACAACUACAUCAGAAGGAACUACGUGGCAUCUCUGAGUGGUGGAAAAACUUAGACGUACCAACAAAGCUGCCUUAUGCAAGAGAUAGAGUGGUGGAGUGCUACUUUUGGAUGAUGGGAAUUUAUUUUGAACCCAAAUAUUCAUUUGGAAGAAGGAUGAUGACAAGAGUCGUGGCCACUUUAUCCCUACUCGAUGAUACUUAUGAUAACUAUGGUACAUGUGCAGAACUAGAGAUCCUUACCGAAGCUAUCCAGAGCCUUGUUCACUUUCCUCUUGUUCAUCUUUAUUCUACAAAGAAUAUCCACAAACUUAUUCUACAAAGAAUAUCCACAAACUACUCUGCAAAAUUAGCCCCAGGGCCAUGGAAGCUACCAAUAAUAGGAAACAUGCAUCAGCUCCUCGGCUCUAUCCCUCAUCACCGCUUAAGACAUUUAUCAAACCAAUACGGCCCUGUAAUGCAUCUCAAGCUCGGCCAAAUUUCCAAUAUUGUCAUUUCUUCGCCGGAAGCUGCCAAAAAAGUAAUGAAAACUCACGACAUCAUUUUCUCCCAAAGGCCUUUUCUCCUUGCAGGGGAGAUUAUCUUUUAUAACUUCAAAGACAUCGCUUUAGCCCCUUACGGCGAUAGUUGGCUUGACGGCGAGAGUUGGAGGACAGAUUGCGUAAGAUUUGUACGCUUGAGAGCUAUUAAGCACAGAAACCGCGAAAAGAUCAUUUAG